UGCUGAAGAUGGUCCUGCUCGCAGCUGCAGCGGGGCUGGGACACCUGGGGCCGAGCAAUGAGGGGAGCUGAGGAGGGCCAUGCGGCCUCUGAGAGGCGGGGCCUGCCCCACAGGAGCCUGGGGCCUGUACCUGGCCGCCUACCUCCGCCUCCUGAGGCGCCCUUGCUGCAUCCUGGCCUCACCCCCUGCAAGGAGGAGGAGUACCCAGUGGGGGCCGAGUGCUGCCCCAAGUGCAGCCCAGGUUACCGGGUGAAGCAGGACUGUGGGGAGCUGACAGGCACUCUGUGUGUCCCCUGCACCACAACGACAUACACAGCCCACUUCAGCGGCCUGAGCGAGUGUCUGCCCUGCCGAGAAUGUGACCCAGACAUGGGCCUGGUGAUCAGGCGGAAGUGCUCCCCGACAGAGAACACAGUGUGCGGCUGUGACCGAGGUCACUUCUGCAUCAUAAGGGAGGAGGGCAAUUGUGUUGAAUGCCAGCCGCACACAGACUGCAGACCUGGCCAGAGGGUACGGGAGAGAGGGACCGAGUGGCAGGACAGGGUGUGCGAAGACUGCCUUCCUGGGACCUUCUCCCCCAACGGGACUCUAGAGGAGUGCCUGCCUUGGACCCGGUGCAAAGGCCUGUUUGAGACAGAAGCAAACCCUGGGACCAACAACACAGACGUCACAUGCUACUCCUGGGGCCAAGCUUUUUUGGGCCUGACUUUUGUCCUGGUUGUGCUUGGUGGUGGUGUAACCCUCAUCUGUGUAUGGCUGAGACGGAGAAAGCGUGGUGAGGGAAGGUGCCUGGGCCCACCAGGGCUCAGGUCCCCAGCAGGACUGCUCGCCAAGAGGACAGUCUCUCCCCAGGAGGCAGGAGCACGUGCUGCAGCCGGCCAGGCCCUGCCGGCUGUGCCUGAUGUCACCACCGUGGCUGUGGAGGAGACAGCGUCUGUGCUCACCAAAAUGGACCAACCGAUCAGAUGGCUCAAGGAGGCAGACCACGGCGGACCCACUCCUGGGCGCGAGUCAGACUCCUCCCAGUACCCAGAGGUCACUGCUCUCAUGAGGGGCCCUAGCCCUCCCCUCACUCCCGAGCUGCCCACGUGCAGACCCAGCCAUGGAAGGACACAGUGACAAGCCACUCCUGGCUGUACACCCUACCCGGUCCCCAGCCCUCCACCCCCAACUUGCUCAUUUGUGGGGUGGCUUGGGGACACCUGCCUCCUGGGUGGGGACCACAUGGGAUGGGCCAGGAACGCAGCAGGACAUGAGUAUCACACAGGGAAGGACCCCUGUAUUGGAGUGUGUUCUGUUCUGUGUCUCCAUUUGUUAGGAAAAAUAUCUUUUUAAAAAUGAUUUGAGAAUG